AUGACAGACAAAGCCACUAGAGAGGAGGGAUCCACGAUCGUGACCGACCUGCUGGAAAGACUGCUGGAACAUUGGGCAGAAGAAUCCUUACAGCCAAACUCGCCAAUCAACCUAAUCGAAUUCCUCCAUGAGUCGGAUGAGGCGGACACUUUGGCCUUGGACGGCUUGGGAACGGCGCCCGCCGAGAUGGAGGAUGACUACCCCGAGGUCCAGGACCCGUUAUUAGAAAUAAAUAUAGGGACCGAGCCCGAACCACGGCCUCUUUUUGUAAGCCAGCUUUUGAGCCCUGAAUUAGCAGCCGAGAUUAUCGGCCUGCUUCAUGAAUAUAAGGAUUGGAGGGGUUUAGGCCUUUCCAACCGCCGCCGAGGCGAUUCUCGACUGAAGUACAGCUUAAGCUUAAGGCGAUUCAUCCGCACGGCUCAGUACGUUGAGUGGUUGGCUAACAUUGUAUCGGUGUUUAAAAACACUGGGGCUCUGAGGGUCUGCACCGACUACAGAAAUCUAAACCUCGCGACCCCCAAGGACGAGUAUCCCAUGCCUCUGUCCGACCUCCUGGCGGACGGAGCCGCGAAGCACGAGCUCUUGUCUUUCAUGGACGGCCACGCUGGCUACAACCAAAUCUUCAUAGCCGAGGAAGAUGUCCACAAGACGGCGUUCAGAUGUCCAACAGGGGUAGUCAUGCCAUUCGGUCUGAAGAACGCCGGUGCAACGUACCAACGAGCUAUGAACCUUAUUUUUCACGACCUAAUUGGCCGAACCGUCGAAGUCUACAUCGACGAAGUUGUUGUAAAGUCCCCAUCCAAAGCUGACCAUGUAGGGCAUCUCCAACAGGCUUUCAAUCGCAUGCGGGCACACGGCCUAAAGAUGAACCCUAAGAAAUUUGCUUUCGGCAUCACCGCCGAGAACUUACUCGGCUUCUUGGUCCACCAACGGGGGAUCGAGGUAGAUAAGAGUAAAGCCACGGCCAUCAUGACGGCACCCCCGCCGAAGACCAAAAAGGACCUCCAGUACUUCCUCGGACACAGAACGGUUCGUGUGGGGGCAGAACAUCAAGCGGCCCUCGACGACAUCAAGCAAUAUUUAUCUCAACCGCCGGUCCUUAUGCCGCCGAAAAGAGGGAAACCCUUGAGGCUUUACAUUUUGGCUUUAGAAGGCUCUAUCGGUUGUCUGCUGGCCCAGAACAACGAGUAUGAGCGAGAGCAAGUAGUGCAUUAUCUAAGCCAUACCCUUAACAUGGCUGAGCUAAACUAUUCACCGAUCGAGAAAUUAUGCUUGGCACUUUAUUUCGCGGCCACCAAGUUGCGCCAUUAUAUGCUUCCUUCGGUCGUUCAGAUCAUCUCCAAGACCGACCUCAUCAAAUACAUGCUUACUCGGCCGAUCAUAUGUAGUCGGAUCGGGAAGUGGACGAUGGCAUUGUCCAAAUUCACCUUCCAAUAUGUGGCCCAUAAGUCGAUCAAAGGCCAGGCAUUGGCUGAUUUCUUGGCCCACCACCCGGCUCAGGGGCAAAAGGGGGAGUUGGAGGUUGAGAUCGGCAUGACCUACAUGGAAAAAAACUACUGGACCAUGUACUUCGAUGGCUCCAGUACCGAGACCAGGUCUGGGGCUGGGGUCGUGAUCGAAUCCCCCCAAGGACAAAGGUGGCAAUUUGCGUUCCAGCUUGAUUUCAAAUGCACCAAUAAUCAGGCAGAAUAUGAAGCACUCAUCAUCGGUCUUGAAAUUCUAAAAGAAAUGAAGGUGACCCGUGUCCUGGUCUACGGUGAUUCUCAGCUGGUAAUUAACCAACUGACUGGGGAAUAUCAGUGCACAAGAGAGAAUUUAACCUUGUAUUAUGUAACGGCCCUCAAUACGGCCGGUGAAUUUUCUAGGAUCUCCUUCGUUUACGUACCGCGCGCCGAAAACCAUGAGGCCAAUGAGAUGGCCCAGGUAGCGUCAGGUGUGAACAUUCCGGACAGCGACCACGACCGCGUAAUAAGGAUCGAGAAGCGCACCCUGCAGGCUUUGGCCGAGCGAGGAAUGACUGCGCAAGUAUCAUCAGCCGAGAUUACCGACGAGGUCGAAGUGGCCGAAGUCGACUGGCGUUACCCCAUAGUAAAGCAUCUGCGCGAUUCCUCCGGCAACCAUGAAAGGACUACUCGCUUCCGAGCUCGGUGUUAUUUGAUUUAUUAG